AAGCCGCUGUUCGCUCAUCCAAUGCACGAUUCGAUCCCCAGGACGUCCUUAGGCGUCUCGACGCUCGAAUGCUCGAGUAUAGCCAUGGAGAGAUAGGAUGGGACGUUUUCACUUUAGAGUAUAGGGUGGACCCGCCUAUCGAUACAGUGAUUGACCCAGAGAGUAUGGAGAAAUACCUAAAAAUUUUCCACCAUCUAUGGAAGAUGAAAAGGGUCGAAGGCGCGUUAGGCGCAGCAUGGAAUCGAGUGGCUGGAGGCGCGAAGUCAUUCCUGGGACCGGAGAUGGGAGGACCUCGACAGCGAAAUCGCCCUCGUUCUGAGGUUUUGGAAAGGCUUGAAGGAGAGUGGCAUCAAAUCCGGAUAGUACUCGCAGAGAUGAUACAUUUCAUGCGACAAUUGCAAGCAUUUUGCCAGUUGGAAGUGAUCGAAUGCUCAUGGAAAGAGCUCAUGGACUAUCUUGACAAGAAAGAAGGAGAUUUGGAUGGACUAAUACAAACACAUCGGAGCUAUCUCGAUAGAAUGGUCAAAAAAGUUCUUCUAAUGAGUCCGAAAGCCGGAAAAGAG